UUCAUAGGAAUAUCAACCCUGAUUCUGUUCGCGAGGUGUUCUUUCUGGUCUGAAUAACUAGACUUUUGCAUAAUAGUGAAUAAAGGAUUAAGUGCAGCAGUGGACUUCUCUCACUACUUUGGCGGCGGCAAAAAAAACCUUCAUUAAUGCAAAUCGGUACCUGGCCUCCCGUUUAAUCUUUGACAUUUGAUCGAGUCAAGAGGUGCGUGCCCCUUCUCGUACGCACGCACGUGUUCGCCACCUACCUGAUGUAUAUUUUUUGUGCGCGUACGGUGCAGGUCAACUAAUGACCCAGAUGCACCUGAUAAUGAGGCAAGUAGCCCUUGUCGUUAAUCCCCCCUUUCUUUGGAUAUUCCCGAUUUUCUCUAUCCGCAGCAAACAACAACCAUUUGUUAAUCGACGCAGAAUCAUACGCUCCACUCCACUCCACCUAAUUGCGCAUUGAGUUAAGAAAAAGAGAGUCACACGAACGAGAGACGUCUCUCCAGCAGCCUCUCACCAACACCAGCACAGAAAGCGUGUGCAGGCAAACACCAGUGCAAUUAUAACGGUGUUUAUAUUUAGCUGUGAAUCGUUGUUGUUGCGACGGCGUCGGUGGCGAUUGGUGCAAGUGUAUGGUGCACGUUUGCUCACGUUUGUUUCGUACAUAAGCGAGCCGAAACAGGUUUGCCACCCAACGCUACGAUUGGCCGAACGCACGCACCCACACACUCGCAGCACACACAUUGCCCAUGCAUGUGCACGACUACCUGAAUGUAAACGCACGCCGCAGAGAGCGCUGCGCUCUUUCUGCUCUUUCGCUGCCUGCGCUGCUGGCUUCGGGUUCUGCUCGCGUAUAAAAGACCCGCACAGCAACAGACUCGCUCUGACUCCGCUGACACCCGCCUCGCAACGAGCAUCCAAGCAAUAGCGACAAAGCAAAAAGCGACCGCGCUUCGUUUCUGAGAAUAACAACGUUCGUUCUGUGUUUUAGUGUGCGCGAGCAAUGUGGUUGAAAUAAUUGAGAAACAAUUUGAGAACUUUUAAUUUGCAAAAGCAAUCGACAAUAUAUAAAGCAACAAAAUGCAUACCGUGGAAGACAUGUUGGUGGAAAAAAACUACAGCAAGUGUCCUUUGAAGAAGCGGCCCGUGAACUACCAGUUCGAGUCGUCCGCGCAGACCCCCGUCAAUGAGCCCCAGGAUCUUUGCCUAAAGAAGGAGGAUGUGGAGGUGGAAGCCAACCAUGCGACGGCCUCAGCCUCGGAGGAGGUGAUCAACGUCAGCGACUGCUGCGAGGACGAGGGCGUGGACGUCGACCACACCGACGACGAGCAAAUGGACUUGGAGGAGGACGACGUGACCGUGGACUGUGUGGACGUAGACAGUGAUCCCAACCAGACACAGGCCGCCGCCCUGGCUGCAGCAGCCGCCGUGGCCGCCGCAUCUGCUGCCGCUGCAGCCGUGGUCGUGCCCACCCCCACGUAUCCCAAGUAUGGCCUACAGCCAUGGAACUUCCACAUGUCCCCGUACACAGCCGAGUUUUACCGCACCAUCAACCAGCCGCACCUGGCCGCCGUUGCCGCCACCGCUGCCCAGCAGCAGAUAUCCCCACUGCGAGGCGACCUCCUGGCGCCCAGCUCGCCCUCAGACUCUCUGGGGUCGCUGUCGCCACCGCCGCACCACUACCUGCACGGCCGGGCCAGCUCGGUGUCGCCCCCGAUGCGUUCCGAGAUCAUCCACAGGCCCAUCGGAGUGCGCCAGCAGCACCGGUUCCUGCCAUAUCCGCCGCUGCCCGCCGCCGCCUAUCACCAGCAGUCGCCCUACCCCGCCCUGGGCUACCACCACCACGCGCCCAUCUCGCCGGCCUACUCGGAGAGCUCCUACUACUCCAUGCGCUCCAUGACACCCGAGUCCAGCUGCUCCUCGGUGCCCGAGGACCUCUCGCUCAAGCACAAGCCGAUCGGUCAGGAGGCCGCCAGCAGCAUCAAGGCGGGAGCAGGCCCCAAUACCAGUGGAUCCGCCAGCAGCUCGGCCUCGCCGAGCCCCGCCAAGAAGGACAAGUCGCCACCACGCUACCAGUGCCCCGACUGCCAGAAGUCCUACUCAACCUUCUCCGGGCUCACGAAGCAUCAGCAGUUCCACUGUCCCGCGGCUGAGGGAAACCAGGUGAAGAAGUCCUUCAGCUGCAAGGACUGCGACAAGACGUACGUCUCGCUGGGCGCCCUCAAGAUGCACAUCCGUACCCACACGCUGCCCUGCAAGUGCAACAUGUGCGGUAAGGCCUUCUCGCGCCCCUGGCUGCUGCAGGGCCACAUCCGCACCCACACCGGGGAGAAGCCCUUCAGCUGCCAGCACUGCCACCGCGCAUUCGCCGACCGCUCCAACCUGCGGGCCCACCUGCAGACGCACUCGGACAUCAAAAAGUACUCCUGCAGCAGCUGCUCCAAGACCUUCUCGCGCAUGUCCCUGCUGACCAAGCACUCCGAGGGCGGCUGUCCGGGCGGCAGCAGUCCCAGCUCCAAUGCCGGCUCCGCCACCGAGCUAUCCUACGCCGGCUACGCCGAGCCCUAGGAUCACCCACUGGAGAUCCACACAUUGUAUUCAAGCCAUGUUCCACCAAAAAUUAGUUCCUAGCUCGUUUAAGAGACCGGCAGCUCCAAGUUCCCAAAUGAAUAACCGAACUCUUACUUAACCCAGACACUCCCAGUGCACAGUGCCACAAAAAACAACUAUGAAGACACGCAGAAUUCAAUACUUUUUAUUUGAUUAUUUUUUAUUUUCUAGUCAGCAUUUUCUUUGCAAGAGAAAACUAAAACGGAAGUUUAUUUGAUUUUAUUUUUAAAUUUCGUCUCUGAAUUAUAUUCAUUACUAUUUCAUAAACAAAAUCCUAAGCCGAACUUUGUAAAGUAUUCUUCAGAUAUCCUGUAUACAUGUACCAUGUAAGGUGUAUUACGCCCCAGCGUCUAACUGUAGAUCCUAAGCUGAAGACCAGACAAUCUUAAGUAACUUUAGAUGUAUGAUAUCCAAGUUGAACGAAGACACAUAAGUUUCUACCUAUAUACCUAUAUACAAUACCAUAGUACGAGUAUUUUUAGCCUAGCUGUAGAUCGUAAACUAUUUUUGAUAUGACCACAACUUUUACGUACACAUUGAAAAUGUUCUACAUUACGAGUAGGUUAAGUGUGGAUAAGCUAACGGAAUAUUUUGAUACGGAAAUGUUUUAUAUUUUUAAGUAAUUUAUUACAUCAGACGAAAUAUGAAAGAAUGAAAUACAUUUUAU